UGCUGAGGAGGAGGAGGGCUGGCGGCAGCGCAGGUCGGGAGCAGCUGGGGUGAAGGCGGGUGGGGUGAGGGCUCCUGGGGCAGAUGGACCUCCCCCAACCUACCUACAAGAUGAGGGUGUUUGGGGGGAAUGGAGUAUGUGGCAGGAGCUCCAUGGCACUGGAAGGAGGAAGAGGAGGAUGGGGAGAUGGGGCUGAUCCCUCCAUCCCCCUGCCUCGACUGAGGGUGUCCCCGCCGCAGGUGCUGCUCCCUGAGACCUUCCAGAGCUUGGGGAACGUGGAAGGACCAUGCGGGCUGUCGGCAUCCUGGGCUGGCUGCUGCUGCUGCUGCCAGGGCCCCGGGUGGAAGGUGCCCGCCCCUGCAUCCCCAAGGAUUUUGGCCACGGCUCGGUGGUCUGCGUCUGCAAUGCCACGUACUGUGACACGCUGGACCCCCUGGUCCUGCCAGCCCCGGGCUCCUACGUCAAGUACGAGAGCAGCAAGGCUGGCAAGCGGCUGGAGAGGAGCGAGGGGAGGUUCCAGAGCAGUCUGCGCACCCCAGGGCUGCUGCUGACUGUCAACAUCUCCACGCUGUACCAGAACGUGAAGGGCUUCGGCGGGUCCCUCUCCGAUGCUGCUGCCAUGAACAUCCUGAAGCUGUCACGGCCGGCCCAGGACAACCUGCUGCGCUCCUACUUCUCUGAGUGUGGGAUUGAGUACAACCUCAUCCGGGUCCCCAUGGCUUGCAGCGACUUCUCCGUGCGCCCUUAUAGCUACGAUGAUGUCCCUGACGACUACGAGCUGAAGCACUUCAGGCUGGCGGACGAGGAUUUGAAGAUGAAGAUUCCCCUCCUGUGCCGAGCUUUGGCCAUGAGCAAGCGACCACUGUUGCUGUUCGCUAGCCCCUGGACCGCCCCAGCCUGGAUGAGGAGUAACGGGGAUGUCCGUGGGAAAGGGACUCUGAAGGGCAAGGCAGGGGACAAGUACCACAAGACCUGGGCCAACUACUUCAUCAAGUUCCUGGAUGAAUACGCCAAACACAACGUGACUUUCUGGGCAGUGACAGCGCAGAACGAGCCGCUGGCAGGGCUCUUCACGCCCCCCCAGGCCCCUACCAUUGCCUUCACGGCCGCACAACAGCGGGAUUUCAUCGCUGAGGACCUGGGCCCCGCGCUGGUCCGCAGCCCCCACCGCACACGGCUCCUCAUGCUCGACGACCAGCGCAUCCACCUCCCACACUGGGCCAAAGUGGUCCUGGGAAAUGCCACAGCUGCCCGUUACGUGGCCGGCCUGGCGGUCCACUGGUACCUGGAUGCCAUUGUCCCACCUGGCUGCAGCCUGGAGGCCACCCACAAGCUCUUCCCUGACCAUUUCCUGCUCUACACGGAGGCCUGCACCGGCUUCUUCAUGUUCCGCUUCGCCGUGUCCCUGGGCUGCUGGGAGCGGGGGGACCACUACAGCUACAGCAUCCUGACGGUCAUGAACCACUUUGUGUCUGGUUGGACCGACUGGAAUCUGGCUCUGGAUCUGGAGGGAGGCCCCAACUGGGUCAAGAACUUUGUGGACAGCCCAGUCAUCGUGGACGGAAGCAAAGAUGUUUUCUACAAGCAGCCCAUGUUCUACCACAUGGGCCACUUCAGCAAGUUCAUCCCCGAGGGCUCCCGGCGGGUGGGGCUGCACAGAAGCCGCCGCUGCCUCCUGUGCCAGCUGGAGCACGUGGCCGUCCUGCGCCCCGAUGGUGCCCUUGUCCUGGUGGUCCUCAACAGAAGCGUCACCUCCCAUCAGGCACAGGCAGGACACAGGUCCCGCUGCCACAGAGACACAGCAAGAGGUGGUUUGGCGGCAGAGUGUCCGUCGGCAUCGUCUGAGCGCUGCAGCAGAGGUGCCAUGGGGCCAGGCUGUGCCAGUGUCCUGGGCUGGCUCCUGCUGGCACAGGCGGCCCUGCAGGCCACAGGUGGCCGUCCCUGUGAUGCCAAGGAUUUUGGGCACGGCUCACUGGUCUGUGCCUGCAGUGCCACGUACUGUGACACGCUGGACCCCCUGGUCCUGCCAGCCCCCGGCUCCUACGUCAAAUACGAGAGCAGCAAGGCUGGCAAGCGGCUGGAGAGGAGCGAGGGGAGCUUCCAGCACAACACCAAGAGCCCAGAUUUCCACCUCACCCUGGACACAGCACAGAGGUAUCAGAAGGUGAAGGGGUUUGGUGGCUCCAUCACUGACGCAGCUGCCAUCAACAUCCAGUCCCUGUCCAAGGAUGCCCAGAACCACCUGCUCCGCUCCUACUUCUCCGAGGAAGGCAUUGAGUACAACCUGGUGCGUGUGCCCAUGGCUAGCACCGACUUCUCCGUCCGCCUGUACACCUACGCCGAUGCCGAGGGCGACUUCGAGCUCAGACAUUUCAACCUGACAGAGGAGGACACACACAUGAAGAUCCCCAUCCUCCAAGCAGCCCAGGCAGUGGCCAAGCGGCCGCUGUCACUGUACGCCAGCCCCUGGACCUCCCCAGUCUGGAUGAAGACGAAUGGAGCGAUGACAGGGAGGGGAACACUGAAGGGCAGCCCUGGGGACAAGUACCACCGGGCCUGGGCCAAGUACUUCAUCCGGUUCCUGGAUGAAUACGCCAAGCACAACCUGACCUUCUGGGCAGUGACAGCAGGGAACGAGCCCACAGCUGGUGAGAUCGUCUUCUACCCCUUCCAGUGCCUGGGCUUCUCCCCUGAGCACCAGAGGGAUUUCAUUGCCCAGGACCUGGGCCCGGCACUGGCCAACAGCUCCCACCGCCAUGUCCAGCUCAUCAUCCUGGAUGACCAGAGGGUGAUGCUGCCCUACUGGGCUGAGGUGGUUCUUAAAGACCCUGUGGCUGCCAGCUACAUCAGCGGCAUCGGCAUCCACUGGUACCUGGAUUUCCUGGCGCCCAUCGACCUGACACUCUCCAUCACCCAUCACCUCUUCCCAGACUACUUCCUCCUCUCCACAGAGGCUUCCACAGGCUCCUACUUCUGGGAGCCCAGGGUGGUGCUGGGUGGCUGGGACCGUGGGAGCAAGUACAGCCACAGCAUCCUGACGAACCUCAACAACUACGUGACAGGCUGGACAGACUGGAACCUGGCCCUGGACAUGGAGGGAGGCCCCAACUGGAGCAAGAACUAUGUGGACAGCCCCGUCAUUGUGGACAGCAGCAAAGACAUCUUCUACAAGCAGCCCAUGUUCUACCACCUGGGCCACUUCAGCAAGUUCAUCCCCGAGGGCUCACAGCGUGUGGGACUGGCGGUCUCCAAGAAGUGCCGCCGGUGUGAGCUGGAGCACUCGGCUUUCCUGCGCCCCGACGGUGCCAUCGUCCUGGUGGUCCUGAACCGCUCCCCCACGGACGUGUCUUUUGGGAUCUCUGACCCACGUGCCGGCUUCAUCGAGGCCGUGGCUCCCAGCGACUCCAUCCAGACGUUCCUCUGGAAGCAGCCAGCCUAG